AUGCAAUAUUCUUAUUCAAAAAACUUCCUCCGACGCUUUUGCGUGGAGGAUUUUCGCAUGUCUGCCGAGACUCAAAGCGGCUUCUUCUCCAACGACCUCAUUCCUUCAUUAGGCGCUCGAAUCAACCGAGCCACCAAGCUCCGAAAACGCGUUAUUUCCCCAUUCAAUCCUCGUUACAGGGCAUGGCAAAUGUUUCUAGUUCUCAUGGUUGUGUACUCAGCUUGGAUCAGCCCAUUCGAGUUCGCAUUCUUACCGUACAAACAAAACGGCCUCUUCAUAACCAAUUGCAUUGUUGACACUUUCUUCGCAGUCGACAUAAUUCUUACUUUCUUCGUCGCGUAUUUGGACAACGAGUCGUACCUUCUGGUCGACGAUCAUAGGAAAAUCGCAGUUAGGUAUCUCUCGACAUGGUUUGCCUUCGAUGUCUGCUCGACCGUGCCUUUUCAGUCCCUAAGUCGCCUCUUCACGUACAACAAUGGAGGCUUAGGGUACAAGCUGCUGAGCAUGCUUCGGCUGUGGCGACUCAGGAGAGUCAGCUCGUUGUUCGCGCGUCUCGAGAAGGAUAUUCGGUUCAAUUACUUUUGGACUCGAUGCACUAAACUCGUUACUCUAUUUGCGGUGCAUUGCGCCGGGUGCUUCAACUACCUAAUCGCAGACAGGUAUCCAGAGCCGGAGAGGACUUGGAUAGGGGCAGUAUACCCGGGUUUCAAGCAAAUGAGCUUGUGGGACCGUUACGUGACGGCCAUAUAUUGGUCAAUAGUGACACUGACGACGACAGGCUACGGGGACUUGCACGCAGAGAAUCCGCGGGAGAUGUUGUUCGAUAUUUUCUAUAUGCUUUUCAACUUGGGCCUCACGGCCUACCUCAUCGGGAACAUGACCAACCUCGUGGUCCAUUGGACCAGCCGCACCAGAACAUUCAGAGACUCCAUUAGAGCAGCAUCAGAAUUUGCUAAAAGAAAUCAGCUUCCCCCAAGAAUACAAGACCAACUUUUGUCCCACAUCUGUCUCAAAUUCAAAACAGAAGGGUUAAAACAGCAAGAGACAAUCAAUGGCCUGCCGAAAGCCAUUCGCUCAAGUAUCGCUCAUUACCUAUUUUACCCUGUCGUUCAAAAUGUCCAUCUCUUUCAAGGAGCAUCACAGGAUUUCCUCUUACAGCUGGACUUUAUUGUGAAGACAGAUGGACAUCAUCAGAUCGUGGAGAGAGGAUCGGCCGGUGACAUUUUUGGAGAUAUCGGUGUUUUAUGCGGAAAACCGCAGCCGUUUGGGGUCCGAACGACAGAAAUUUCUCAAAUACUAAGGCUGAAUAAGAACACUUUCCUAAACAUUCUUCAUGCAAACCCAGAACAAAAGCGGAUCGUCAUGAACAAUCUUUUCUUGAAACUGAAACUAUACAAUGGUUUCGACAUUGAGGAGCACCAAGAUCCUGAUCUGAUCCUCAAGAAUUGGCUCGAUAGAGAUCAUGGCAAUCUGCAUGAAGAAACAAUUAAUCGCCAAAUGGGUGCAAAAAUUCCGAAUUUAAACUUAUACGACCUCAUAAUGGAUCAUGAAGCCAACAAUUACAAAAUACCCACAAAUGUCAGCUCGAGCAGUUGCAAAAAUCCAACUAAUGUGCAAGUAAUGCAAUCGGGAUUAAAGAAGAGGGUUACGAUUCACGUGAAGUGUCAAAUGAGAAAACACGCAGAAAAUCAGCUCCCAAAGCUCAUCAUUCUACCUGAUUCAUUAGAAGAGUUGUUCAAAUUAGCAGGUGAAAAAUUUGGAGACGAAAGUCUUACAAGGUUAGUAAACGCAGAGGAUGCAGAAAUAGACGACAUAAGUGUCGUAAGAGAUGGAGAUCAUUUGUUUCUAAUGUCAAGCCCGUGCAGAAACAGAUAA